AUGGCUUCUACAGUUCCUCAGGCUGUUCUCUUUGGAGACUCUCUGUUCCAGCAAUGCUCUGGUCUUCAGGAGGGUUUCUCCUUCCAAGCUGCUCUGCAGUCAGACUUCAUCCGCCGUUUGGACAUUGUGAACCGAGGCUACUCAGGCUUCAACACCGAUAUCGCACUUAGAUACCUUCCCGAGAUCUUUGCUGAGCGCACAGCCUCUUCGCCCAAGAUGGAUUACUUGGUUCUUCUGUUUGGUGCCAAUGAUGCCGUGCUGCCAGAUGCUUUUACCAAGCAACACGUUCCCAUUGAACGAUAUAAGAAGAACCUCACACAAAUCGUCAACCACCCACGUAUUGCGGCACACAAGCCCCAGAUCCUCUUGGUAACCCCUCCCCCUCUGGAUGAAAUCAAGGCGACGCCUCGGUCCAUCGCAAAUGGUCAUAAAGGAGCUGUUCGAAUGUCCACUGUCAGCGCUGGCUACUCUGAAGUUGCCCGUGAAGUCGCACGAGAGAACCCUGGUGUGAUUCUUGUCGACUUGUGGAAAGGCCUGAUGGAUGAGGCCAUCUCCCUUGCUCCCUCAGACUACACGCCUGACGGACCAUGGCUGGGCGAUCCUAGGAAUGGCAAGCAGGGGGGGUUGGACAGUCUCCUUCACGAUGGACUCCACAUGAGUGGUGCUGGAUAUCAAGUGUUCUAUGAGACCCUGAAGCCAUUCAUUGGAAAAGAGUGGCACGGUCUUCCAGGAGAGGAUCGAAGGGGUUUCGUGAUUCCUGACUGGAGAGAGCUUCUUGAGCUCCAAGCUGAUCUCAACACUGGCGAUUAG